AUGCCAGUUUCCGAAUCACGGAUAUCAUCCCGAGAUCAAAUCCCAGAAUUACCAGAGGACCCACCUGCGAUUCUUUCCCCAUUCCUCGAUUAUGUUUUCAAAGACCUUGGAUUGGAUGAACUUAAGCUGAUUGACUUACGGGGUCUGGAAACACCUCCUGCUCUUGGUGCAAAUGUCAUCAUGAUCAUUGGAACUGCCAGAAGUGUGAAGCAUCUAAACGUUUCCGCAGAUCGUCUCUGCCGUUGGCUAAGGAGCAAUUACAAAUUGUCCCCAUACGCAGAUGGGCUACUGGGUCGGAAUGAGCUCAAGAUCAAACUGCGACGCAAAGCUCGGCGAGCCAGACUUGCAAGCCGUUCCGGCGCCAUGUUCGAUGACAAGGAUGAUGGAAUCACCACAGGCUGGAUAUGUGUGAACGCCGGCGUUGUGGAGGAAAGCCCUGUGCUGGAGAAAGACGAAACGUUUGAGGGGUUCGGACAGGUCGGCAGGGGUACGAGGAUUGUCGUGCAGAUCUUCACAGAGGAGAAGAGGGCCGAAGUCGACCUUGAAAGCCUGUGGCAGGGAACCCUAGACCGUGCCGAGCGAGAGAAAAAGAAGUAUUCCGAGGUCACUCGCAAUGCGCCUCCUGAAGAGGUUCGUGAUUCCAAUUCGAUAGAUCUAUCACCAUCUGACCGUGCAUCUGGAAAAGUCCCCAGGUCAACAGUAAGCCUCCUAUUUGAGCAGAAGAGGCAUUUUCACAGCACCCGACCUAUCGGUUGUCCUAGCGGAAGAGAUAAUGUCAACAGUGUGGCAAGGCUCCUGGCAUCGGGACCACCAAGCGGACGCCUUGCUCAUGGAGAUGUUUUUAGUGCUGGUAUUUCUACAUACUCCUUAUUCCAAUAUCUUGAAAGCUUGCCAAGUGAGACCGCUCGGCAGGAGCUGGGGACUGGCCCAGAAGACCUAGGCUCGACCCUCUUUCUUCAACUUUUCUAUAACCGUUUAUCAGCCUUGUCUGCAGAGGAAUCAGCUGUAACCCAGGUCAAACUACUAUGCAUGGCUAUUGCCCGUCAACACUUGGCCUACAGCAAAAAAGAUUUAUGGACGUCAUUCAUGAGGUGCACUGCUUCAGGAUAUCAUGUCUCUGACGAUCUUGGCUUCGAUGUUGUCUCAGCGAUGUUGACGGAGUCGCCCCCAGAUGACCGCAAUAGUGGGUCUUUUUUGCCAGACUCGGACAGAGAACUUGCUGUCCGGGUUUUGGAACAUCUCUCCCUUCGUGGUACAAAUGUUUUGAAUAUGAAAGUGUUAAACAUGCUACAUAGAGCGACUGGUACCGCAUCCCCUGAGGUGGCCCUACGAAUCUCACGUAUUAUAAAGACCCUUGACGUACCUUUUGACCCCGACCACUCCCGCGUCCUCAUGGCAACACUUUUUCAGAACCGGGACUACGAUGGAUUCUGGAAGCUGUGGCGCAAAUUACCUCUCACUGAUAGUCCACGUACCGGUGCAGACUACGAGAUGUUGUUCCGGCUACAUGCCGAACUAGGCGAUGAGCUUCGCGCUCGAGACUGUCUGUCAACAUGGGUGCCCAUGAUGGCCCGGGAGGAAACUCCAAUCCCGCUGCAGGGGCAGCUCCUGCAGCAUGUAAAACAAUGCCUUGUUGUGGCAGACCCGGAUAUUGAGCAAAGCGCGGCGAGUGGAGCUACAAGUGACUUGGCCCGAAUAUGGAACGAGUGCCAAAAGAAUAUCUAA